AUGAAAGACCAACCGCUAUUUGGGAGUGAAGAGAGUAGUGAUAAUCUUGGGUAUUCCGCUAGAACAGUGUUGCUUGGGAAGAUCUCCGGACCUAUAAAUGAAACAGUUAAUACACAUCAGAUACCUAAUGAUUCCUUUACCACAGAGAUUGAUAAUGAUACUAGAACAGCCACUGAUAGCAUUCGAGAUAGUCCAGUGGUGAGUGAAACCUCAAGGACACCAAGUGCCUCUUCUAUUUUUGAGAAAGGAGAAACAUUCCUAGGGUCCAACUUGCACCAAUUAUCUGAUUCCCAUAUAAACAAACUAAUCCGUCUAAGGUUUGGAGGAAAUCUGCUACAGUUAGUUAAACAAUUGCUGCUUGAUUUAGCCAAAAAGGAAACGGAAUUAAUAAUAUUACGAAGACAUUCCUUUAUAAAAGAACAGGAGUUUUAUAAGUUAUGUUCAGAAUAUGGUAACUUAUCUUCACUUGAAGUUGAUAAAAUAUUACAGAAAAGUCUCCAAAAAACCGAUAAUAGCGGAGUUGAUGAAGUACUACUGGAACUAAUAGGGGGUGCAUUGAAUGAGGAUUACUUGCCUACAAAGGAGAAACAACUGGCCAUGGAGAGAACAAAAGAAGAUAAACCAGAAAACAUACCCCAAAGAAGUAGAAAACGAGAGAAAAGAGUAUCUUCUGAUUCUAAAUUACAUCAUAAAUCCAAUAAAUCAACAAAAGAAGGCGAAUCGCAACAGGAAUCUGUUGGUCGAAUACGUAGUGACUCUCAAAUGAGUCAGAUAACCGCAGUAACGGCACCUCGUGCCACUUGGCUUAAAAAAUGGUUAAAUUCCACAGAAGAUUUGCAAGAUGUAUCAGGUCAUGGGACUCCCUCCGUUCUUGGUAGUUUCAUUCCAAAUAUACUCAAACCCAACAACGAAACAAUGAAACCUCCCAUGGAGUUAAACAGUAUAGCACGAGAAAAUAGUGACGAAGAAAUACUGGAUAGUGGUUAUUCACCUAGCGAUUCUGUUAUUCCACAGGCAAAUGAUUUUUCAGUGGAUAAAUAUGGGUUCUAUGAUUCCCAUAAUAUAAGAAAAGUCCAUAAAAAUGUUUCUGAAAAUUCGGGCGAUGUACACACAAAUAAGGCAAACAUUGAAAGAGGGUCAAUGACAAUGCAUAAUGAUGCUUCAAAAAAUUCUAGUCCUGAAGCUGAAUUUGGCGAAUUCAACAUUUUAAAUAAGUCAGCUGCAUUUGUUGGUAUUGCAACUACAGAUUUAACUAACGCAAAAGAUAUCAAAUCCGAAAAGGACAAAAGUUUAGCUAAAGUUGACAUCAAUGGAGAAUCUUUAACAAUUCAUAAUACUUCAAUUCAAAAGCUUAAACAACUCGGCGAGCUUCAUGAUUUGGGAAAUAUGGAAAUGGAAAAGCAAUGGGACCAAUACAUUAAAUCAGUUGAAGGACACUAUAAAAAGUCCAAUAAUCUUUUUGGUAUUCGGGGUCUUAAUCUCGUUGAUGGGAAAGACAGUCCCCUGGAAUACUACAGCAAUAAUAAAUACUACCGUCAACUUCAUGAUUUAAUUGAUAAAGGGGGGAUACCUCCAAAACACAGAGGUUCCAUUUGGAUGGAAUUAACCGGGGGAGAUAACCUUAGAGUUAAUGGAGAAUUUGAAAGAUAUUAUCAACUCUCAAUAGAUCCCAAUGCUGAUAAACUAAUUCAAAGUAAUUUGAAUCAAGUUGACCUUGAUUUAAAUCGGACUAUGCCAUCCAAUAUAUUUUUCAAUAAUAUGUUGCAAAAUAAACCGGGCCCAUUAUAUUCAAAAUUGAAAAGAAUAUUAUACGCCUUUGUUUUGUAUAAACCAGAGAUAGGUUAUUGUCAGGGAAUGAAUAAAAUUGUUGGUAACUUAUUAUUAGGGUAUCCCAAUAUCUCUGAAGAGGAUGUAUUUUGGAUAUUUGUUGGCUUAGUUGAAGAGAUUCUUCCCCGAUUUAAAACCAGUAAGUUGAAUUAUUUUGAUUUUCAAAGUCUUCAAAGUAUUAAACAAGAUCAAAAGAUUAUAUGUGACAUAUAUUUCCCCAAAUUUAUGCCUAAACUACAUGAGCAUUUAAUUCAAAAUCUUGGUGUUCAAGUUGAAUUUAUUACUAUUAAUUGGUGGCUUCUGUUAUUCACGGAGAAUUUCUUAACCCUUGAUGUGUGGUUUAAAAUAUUCGACAAUUUACUACUUUCUAUUGUUCCAGAGACCAAAUUGAUUGCCCUUAGUUUGGCAGUAUUCAAGAUGUUUGAAUCUUUACUUUUCAACAUUGAUGCUGUGGAUGAUGUUUACUUGAUUAUGAAUAAUUUGAACCACAAUAGUUUAUCAAAGAUGAAUUUAAAAUACAGUGAAUUGAUUCACACAAGUGAUAAAUUUGAGCUCCGGAUUGAUCCCAAAAAGUUAAACGAAUACCGCCUUGCAUACAGUCUGGAAUAUUAA